AUGGCUGCCUUUACCAAAACUCUCUCUGGGCAGAGUUUCAGCAAAAUGAGGGAUAUCCUACCUUCUGCUGCUUCUCCAAACACCCUUGGUAAUGGAGAGCUGGCUGAACUUGGCCGUGGCCAGCUAUGGGCUCUCAGCAAUGUGGUGUGCUAUGAGCUCAGCUGGCGAGUGCUAGCGGUCCGUGCAGAAAUCAUACCCUUUCGUUGUACAAGCCUGCAGAAACGGAACUAUUGGAUGCGCAGGCAUCGGGAGAUGCCACGAAGGUUAAAGGCAAAGAAACGUGACGGUCGGGAAACUACGGGGCACCCGUGUAACGAGCGCCUGUCGCCGUUCUGCUGCCCGGGCCGCGACCCGGCCUGCCUCAGCCUCGGCUGGCGGCCCGACGGCUCCCACGGGCCCUGCUACUGCGACCAGGCGUGCGCCCGCACCCUCGACUGCUGCCACGACUACGCCGAGGCCUGCCCAGUUAUCCCCUGUGUCGUAUCUCAGUGGAGUGUCUGGAGUGGCUGCGCAGAGCCUUGCAAGACAACGUAUCGUGUUCGGAGGAGGCACGUCAUCCAGGAGCCCAGGAAUGGAGGAGAGGCAUGCCCUCCUCUUGAGGAGAGGGCUGGCUGCGUGGAGUACUGGACUCAGCAAGGAACAGAGUGCAAACAGUCCCUGAUCCCAGCAUUAAUAACAACAGGAGGGUUUGGAAAAGCGAGGAAAAAAAGAGCUGCAGCUGACAGCAAUGAAAGAGCAGGGUACUGUGUUGAAUUCCAGCUUGUGGCCAUCACGCCGGGCUGCUUGCAGAGCCACCACUCGUACACUCACUGGAUGCAGUAUCUCAGGGAGGGCCACACUGUCUGCGUGGAGUGUCAGCACCCGGCUUUAGACUCCAGAAGUCUACAUUGUUAUGGGGAUGGCAGUGGAAGCAAAAAGAAUCAGCUGUUGCACUGGCAGGCGGUAGGGAACACUCAAUGCAAGGGAACCUGGAAGAGAAUUCGCCAGCUGGACACUUGCUCUUGUCCUUCUGUUCACAGCUUCUUGUUCAUCUAACUUCUCCUGGCAGUCUCAGCAAGCAAGUGCUGUGAUGGCUUCUCUGGCGCUAACGUGCAGCAGCAGUAGGAACCACAACCAAAGCAAUGACUUCUCCAUGUCAGUAAGAGGCUAUGCUGCUUACUUUCAAGAGGUUGCUGACUGUACCGGGACAUCCUGAAUCCUCUCUGUCCAUGUGUACUCCUCGAUUUCUGAAGAAAUCAGGCUGGCUGUGAAGUGCUAAUCUCUUGCUGCCCAUCUGUCCCCGAGAGAGGCCUGUCUGACCUGAUGACUUCUUGCAAAUUCCCUCUUUCUUGACAGGAACAAGAAUUCACCAAAUAAAUUGGACAAAAAGGCCAUAUGAAGCCAAGUUUAAUUAUUAUUUUUCUAAAGUCUCAAUGAAGAAUCAACAAUGCAAAAUAAACUAACUCAAUGGCAAUUCUUUCCAUGGCAAUGGCACUUCUUUGUGGAUGC